CCCGUGUACACUGAGAUGCUUGGGGCAUCAUCUACAGCAGUAGCGACACAGGCCCUGGCCGAGAAAAAAUGAAAACUUUGCACAAACUAACCCUCUGGAGUCGGCGCAGCUCCAAAAGCUCGAAGUCGAAGAUUCCACCAUCAGUGGAACCAGCGCAGGCCGACGAGACACCAGUGCAAGUGGCACACAACACCAUCUUGUUCGUAGAUGGGCGUGAGGGAAGCAAUAACUUCUCAAGGUUCGGGCAGACCCUUGCCUAUCGCAAUCAAGAGGAGGAGGAGGAGAAGACAACGGUUGAUUCAUCCCACCGCGCCUACGGAGCCAAGGAGUUCGUAUCUGACGAGGAAUGCCGGGGUGAAGAAUGCCCCAACGUUCGGCUACUGAGAAAGCAAGAGUUGUUGCGCAAGAGCGAUCAAGAGGAGAUACAGAAACUUCGAGCCACUUUGCUGCAGCAAAAAUAUGACCUCCAGAGAAAUGAGAAGAUGGCCUUGGCCCGGUUGAAGGCGGUUGAGGAUGAAAAGGCUGCCUUGGAGGUGGCCUUAGGAGCUGAGAGAGCGAAUACGGCGAUGCAACAGAUAACCAUGAACAACAUGAAGAAUACUCUUCGGGAGAAAACUAUCGAAGCUCAGUUGUUGGAGUCCGAGCUGGGAGAACAGGUGGAGAUGUUGAAGAAAGAAAAGAGCAAAGCAGCAGAGAACGGGCAGCGUCAAACUAAACAGGAGAAGAUCAGGAGCGGGUUGGCACGGCUCGUCGAGAAGGAUUUGCGGACGCAGGUGGCCACGCUAGAGCAGUCGAUCAAAGAAUUGAGUCAAGCAGCAGAGGACGGGCAGCGUCAAACCAAAGAGGAGAAGGUCAGGAACGGGCUCACACGUCUCGUCGAGAAGGAUUUGCGGAAGCAGGUGGCCUCGCUACAGCAGUCACGCAGGCAACAAGCGGACGAAAUUCGGAAUCUCUUGGCUCAGGUUCAGGAUCUGCAGCGGAGCGAGGAACGGCACAUUGACAGUGUUGUCACUUUCGGAAGAACCCAGGGCUUCAAUGCCACGGCUAGUGCCCUGGGUGACGGCCAUCCAGACUGUCCGCGGCUGCACGCCGACUUCUACCCCUUUUGGGAGGCGCCCGUUGAGGUUGCAAUAGUGGGAAUCUUCAGGAUCACGGUCCCCGCAGGCGUUCGUGACAAGCACCUCAGCUACGUACGGAGCCACGGGAAUGUUGUCCAGCGCUUCCACGGAACCUCGUGCAGGAGCGCAUGCAACUUUAUUCUCGACCCGAAGAAAGCUGCACCGUGCGGGCUGCAGGAUUGCAACGUAUGCAACAUUUGCUUGCAAGGCUUCAAGAUCGGGAAAAGCUCGACACGGUACGGACAGGGAGUCUACUUCAGCAAACAAGCUACCAAGGCCAACUCCUACGCUGGAGGAAGUGAGAAGCAGGAGAACGGGAAAAAGUUACGAUGCAUCUUUGUGGCCGACGUGGCGAAGGGGAGAUACUUCGUCACCAAGAAGACCGGGUUUGAUGGUGCCAGAUACCCACCGGAAGGCCACGAUUCCGUCCAGGGUGAGGUCGGAAAUGGGUUGGACUGCGAGGAGCUGGUUGUGUACCACGAAGAGGCCGCCAUACCGACCCAUCUAAUCGUCUACACCGUCAGGAGGCGGAAGCAUCCGCGAAGCGCCAGCGCCAGCGCGCGGAGGAAGCAGAGGUCGCCCCGGGCCCGAAGAGAGAGAAUCGGGGAAGCGGCGGGAGGGGGGAAGAAACGGCGACCGGACACUGCUGUAGAAGCGAGUAGGGCGGCCAAGGCCGCGCUUGCGGCGAACGACGUACCCAACUGA